UUCAGAGUUAUCUAUCACACAUGAAGGAGAAAACAAUAAUAGUAAGACAUUAACCAGGCGUGUAAAUGAUUGAGGGGACCACAGAAUGGCAUCUCCGGGUCUGGUUUACGAAGGCAGACGCAGCAGAACACGCUUCAGACUUUGGUCAGAAGGUGCUGGAGACAGAGUUAAUACACUGGGAGCACAGGGUGUGAAAACUAAACUUCUUUGUGGGACAGAGAGUGUGUACUUAGCGUGUGGUGAUGGCAGUGGCACGGAGGCUGCUGUUGGCUGCUGGGCUGCUCCUUUUCUCCUCCGGGCUCCACUGCUCCUCGCCCCCACCUGGCUGCUCAGAGUCAUGCACCUGUCAGGGAGCUCCCCUGUUGAACUGCUCCUCCUCCGGUCUCUCCUCGGCGCCUCAGCACAUCCAGGACUCUGUCACCGCGCUGGACUUGUCUCAUAAUCUCCUCAGCUCUGUAACGCUGCUUCGGGCGCAUCGCAGUCUCAGGAAUGUAUGGCUGGGGAAUAACUCUAUCACGCGCUUGUCUCUGUGUGUCGAGAGAAAUGUGGGAAGUCGCGACGUCACAAAUAGACGUGGACGUCGCUUGGGACCCUGGAGGAGGCGAGGAUGUGUGUCUUGGGCCCCCUCCCUGCAGCUGCUAUCUGUUGAAAAAAAUCAGCUAGAGCAACUCCCAGAGGGGCUAGAAGGCAGUAAGUCAUUGCAGGUCCUGCAGCUGUCCUUCAACAGGAUCUCCACUCUACGACCAGGAGACGUCAGAAAGCUUCCACAGCUGAAGGAGCUGCACCUACGACAUAACCUCAUCACAAGCGUUGAUCCUCUGAUGUUUCAGGACUUGGCCCAGCUCAGGGUCCUUGAUCUGAGCUUCAAUAUGCUGACCAGCCUCCAUCCUUUGACGUAUCCUUCUCUGCGGAGCAUCGGGGCAGACGUGAGGCUGGACGGGAACAGGUGGCACUGUGACUGCAGCCUGCGUGGUCUGAGGAGGCGGAUGGUGUACGACGACAGCAGAGGCCUGCAGACCUGGAGAGUCCUGUGUGACUCCCCUGCCGUGCUCUCAGGCAGAGACCUCCUCCAGCUGGAGGAGGACGACCUCAACUGUUUAGGUACCGAAAACAUGUCAGGGCUGCACCGAGAUGUGAGCGUCUACAGUGGCUCUGAGGUUCUGCUGACCUGCUCCACACAAGACCCAGUGUGGUGGACGCCCAGCGUUCAGUCAUCCAGGGGCCAACCACAGGUCAUAAGUGACAUCACCGACCGAGACGCUGGACUGUAUGUGUGUGUGUCUGAGGACCACAGGGUCGUGUCUGUUUUUAACCUCCAAAUAAGUAAAGUGCAAGGUUCAAGAAGACACACAAGGAGUUUACACACACGCAACCAACAAGUAACCCCUCGUACCAGCCAUAGUCAGUCUGAAUUUAAUCUGGCUGUGUGUCUCUCCGUUUUCAUCACGUUUUUCGUAGCCUUUAUCUUAGGAGUCUUUUUAAGACCCUAUAUUGAUGUUCUUUGGAAAAGGGUCACUACCAAGAAAAGGUCAACUCCAGCCGACUCCGAGGCCCCUGUGGAACAAGGGCAGUAUGAUAAUGAAGCCUUCUCCAGUGGCGAGGAACCUGGACAGGUACCAGCUCACAGGGAGAGAAGAGUCACGUUUAACACUGAACAUGUAGACAUCAGAGACGAGAACAACGUGCACUACUAUGACACUGUAGUUGGUGGCGAGCAGGAAGUCAGCAACAAAGCGGCGGUGGUUGAACGUGAAGCGAGGCAGACAGGAAGCAAAGUCGUCACAAGCGGUGGCCGCGCACACGUGGAGUUGGAACCCAUCCCCGACCCUGACGAGCUGGAGGAGAGGAGCCUGUCUUCAUGCUCCGAUUCGUCUCACUCUGACAAGGUGUUGAGAGAAAAGCCAAGGCUCCAAAGAGACACAACAUUAACCAAGGGUCCUCAGCUAGAAAAGGAGUCUGUUCAGCAGAGGCCUGAAGUUGCAGUUUCUACCGAGAGCACGGGUGGAAUUCCUGAGUUUGCGUCGGAGCCGUUUUCAGACUGGUCCCCGCAUACACGCAACCAUAAGUCAAAGGACUUUGAUCUGUGGCAGGAGAAGGAGGAACAGUUUGAGUUUAGCGACUCUGUCCGGAGCGCGUCCGAAAGAUCCAGCAUCGAUGAGGCACCGGCUUCACACAAGCACAAGAGACAUGACGCGUCCAGCUCCAGUUCCUACUUCAGCGACGACGGGCCGACGCAGUACACUGUGAACUCAGACCACGAGGAGGACGGGAAUAAAGAGACGACCCGCAAAAAAAGAGACAUUCAAAGACCUGCAGCGAGGCCGGAGCGCUCGUCUUCCUCAGAGUCCAGCGACGGUGACCUCGAGCCGGUAAAGAGCACCAGCGUCACGAAACGGCAAGAGGAGAGAAAGGAUACGUCCACUUCUGGAGGCAGCAGGACGGACAGAGCCCAGAGGCGUACGAGGGCCCCAUCGCUGAGCUCCAGCUCCUCCUCCAGUAGCGACAGCGAGGAUGAAACACAUCGCAUCACGCCAGGAACGAUGAACCCCACUGGGCUUCCUCUUCAGAGUCCAACUUUACCAGCACGGUUCCCCACUGUAGAUCUCGAACACAUUCCCCGAGUUAAAAGGCGCUUAGAUAUCAAAGCACCGUCACUGGGCUCUGAGGCGUCACACAGUAGUGACAGCGAGAAUGAAACACACCGGCCCAGGAAGGUGGAGACUGCAAAGCCUUCACAGACCAAAGAACCUGCGUCAUCUUCUAGCAGCGAUAGUGAGGAUGAAGCACUGGGCCACACGGGGAAGCUGAGACCCGCAAAGGUGGAUGUCACAUAUAAAGAAUCUGAAACACAGAGUGACCCGGUUGAAGUGUGGCCCGUCAUAGACCUGCAGCGUAUUCCUCACAUCAAGAGGCGUCUGGAUAUCAGAGCACCAUCACCAGACUCCAGUGAUAGUGAGGAGGAAAUAAGCGGUCACACAGGGAGGCGGAGCGCGACAGAACUGGAGCCUCCAGCGCAUGCUCGGUGGCCUGUUCUAGACUUUGACCGCUUGCCCCGAAUCAAUAGGCGUCUAGAUAUCAAAGCUCCGUCACCAGCUUCUGAGUCAUCUUCUUCCAGUCUCAACAAAAGUCCUCUGAAUAACAAAGCACCAUCAACAGACUCUGAUUCAUCUUCCAGUAGCGACAGUGAGGAUGAAAUCACCAACCGGACGGUGAAGCAGGAGACUGCAGAGCUCCCACUGAAUGAUCCAGAUGCAAAGUGGCCUGUUCUAGACUUUGAACACCCGCCUCACAUCAGGAGGCGUCUAGAUAUCAAAGCACCACCACCAGCUUCUGAUUCAUCAUCCUCCAGUGACAGUGAGGAUGAAGCUACAAAGUACAUAAAGAAAGAAGAACGAGAUCAGAUCCUCGUGACAAGACCAGCUCCACAUGUAAGACACAAGUCGGACUCUGACUCAUCUUCCUCCAGUGACAGUGAGGAUGAACUCACAACCCAAACAAAGAAACUGGAGCAGGGGGAGAUCCACCUGACGACGCUUCCAGGGGAAAUAUCACAAACUGCGAAACCUGAGCCAGAAACGCGGUGGCCUAUCAUUGAUCUAGAGCUUACUACACACAUCAAGAGGCGUCUGGAUAUCAAAGCACCAUCACCGGACUCAGAUCCUUCUUCCAGCAGUGAUAGUGAGAAGGAAAUAAGCAGUCACACGGGGAGGCGGACCCCGACACAGCUGGAGCCUCCAGCGCAUGCUCGGUGGCCUGUUCUAGACUUUGACCGCUUGCCUCGAAUCAAGAGGCGUCUAGAUAUAAAAGCUCCGUCACCAGCUUCUGGGUCAUCUUUGCCCAGUGACACGGAGGAUAAAGCUAUAAAGUACAUAAAGAAAGAAGAGCGAGAUCAGAUCCUUGUGACGAGACCAGCUCCACCUGUAAGACACGAGUCUGACUCUGAUUCAUCUUCCAGUAGCGACAGUGAGGAUGAAAUCACCAACCGGACGGUGAAGCAGGAGACUGCAGAGCUCCCACUGAAUGAUCCAGAUGCAAAGUGGCCUGUUCUAGACUUUGAACACCCGCCUCACAUCAGGAGGCGUCUAGAUAUCAAAGCACCACCACCAGCUUCUGAUUCAUCAUCCUCCAGUGACAGUGAGGAUGAAGCUAAAAAGUACAUAAAGAAAGAAGAGCGAGAUCAGAUCCACGUGGCAAGACCAGCUCCGAAUAGAAGACACGAGUCAGACUCUUCAUCUUCAAGUAGUGAAAGUGAGGAGGAACCAGCGGAUCAGAACCUGAUGCAGAGGCCACUAGACGCAAAGUGGCCCACACUAGAUCUAGAACGGGUUCCUCACUUAAAGAGACGUCUAGACAUCAAAACACCUCCGCCUCCUCCUCAUUCACCCUCUAAGAGCGAAGUUGACAAAUAUAAAAAAAAGGAGGUGCACGUGUCCAAACUUCCUGUAACAAAUUCCGAAACAGCAAAGUGGCCAGUGCUUGACUUGGAGAACAUGAGCCUCAAGAGGCGUCUGGAUAUCAAAGCACCCUCACAGGACUCUGAAUCGUCUUCUAGCAGCAACAGUGAGGAUGAAGCAGCACAUGGUCACAUGGAGAGAUCAGAGGCGCUGAUUGAUUUAAAAACACAGUGGCCUACUGUAGAUCUAGGUACUAUGACAGGUAUCAAAAGGCGUCUGGACAUCAAAAGUCUAACACCACCUCAUGAACUGUUAUUAGGUGGUGAGAGUAAGAGCCACGCUGAGGCAGACGAAUUUAGACCCUUCUUCACAUCAAGCAGCUCAGACGAGGCAGAGACUUUAAGGAACCCUCCGAUGAAAGGGAUGUCAGAUGCAAAGUGGCCUGAACUUGACCUCAGCAGAGCUACUCAUGUCAAAAGGCGCCUGGACAUCAAGGCACGUACGCCUUCACAUGGGUCAUGCUCCAGCAGUGACAGUGAAGAUGAGGACGCGAAAAAAGACGAGGUCGUAAGACGUCCAAAAAGCCCUUUGACCAACGUGUUUCAGCAUCCAAAGGAAAAACCCAGCAUCACAUUAGAGAAGUAUACGGUUAUCACAGACUCAUCAUCGACAGCAACACAAGACAAGAGCAGCACGGCAGCAGAGAUCAAUCCCGAGCUUCAGUCGAGGUGGGCCACUAUGAAUCUUGGAAUCUCCCGCUUCAAAAAGCGCCUUGACAUCACAUCGCGCUCACCUCCUUCCUCCCCCAGCGCUCGGAAUGACGGUAAAAGUCCCAAAGCCCGCAAUGAGGAGACGAGGGAUCAGCUGGUGGAAUCUGAUUCGGUGCGGCCCAAACGGAGUCCCAGCAAAGCUUCAGAUGUCAGCGCUCCUUCCCAAACGGAAUCAUCAUCCAGCAGCACCAGUGAGGAUGAGAGGACGCGUCACAGUGCUGGUGUCCCGCGCAUUAAGAGGUAUCUGAACGUCAAGGCCCCCUCCCCAGAUCAAAGCGAGUGCUCAUCCUCCUGCAGUGAGGGCGAAGGUCAGCUGAAGAGACUCCCUCCUGGAGAGAGCAGACAUGAAUGGACAGACAGCGAGUCUGUGAUCACCUACAAGCGUUCAAUAAUGAAAGCUCCAUCGCUGCCCAGCGAGAGUCAUGCAGCUACACAUCAACAUGACAUGGGAUUUCCCAGUUUUAACUUUGAUGAUGUAGUAAGGAAAAGGAUUAACCACCACAGAAGCGUCAGCGAUCUGGACCUGCCGCCCCAGAUAAGGUGGACUGGCCAUUUAUCUGACCUGUCUGUCCACAGCGCAGGGAGGAACCUGGACAUGUCUCCUCAAACCCCUGAGCCGGACAAGUCAACAGGCCGCACAAAUGAGAUUCUGAAGACUUUAUCUGAGGAGAAGAGAGAAAAGAGAGGCCUUAACGCCCUAAAGGUCAUGUCAUCAGAAAGACGAACAUGGGAGACAGAGGAGCCCUUAGACCUGGGCCCACGACACGACACCAGUUUUAACCAUCGCUGGUCCGAGGACGUGAAACAGCCACUGAAGCAAUUUCACGUCUCCUCCACUUCAACGGAUGAGAGAAGAGCUGCAGAUUUGCUGUACGGCGUUCGCAGCUACAGGAGUCGCGACCGCGGCCAUAUCGAACCACCCCAGGAGGCUCCGCCUCCUGUUCCCGAAACGCCGCCACCGGACGAGGCGGCCGAGCCGACGCCGAGGUCCCCGUGGGGGAGCGGGGCGGCCGGCAGGAAGGAGGAAGGGUCCUCUGCGCUCACGCCUCAGAGCCUGGUGCGGUAUUUAGACUCCUCCAUGAAUGCCAGCGACGUGUGAGAAAUGAGGAGGAACGCACUGUGGUUUGGAAAAAGCCUGCGAGCCCAAUCCCACUUUGUAAAGCAUCAAAUGAAAUGUCAAUAAUAAUUUAUGUGGAUCUGUUGUAAAGGGCAUAUUUAUGCUUUUUUUUUUUUAAACAAUUACAAACACGCUGUAAACAAUCGAGCAAAAAGAAUCAGUGUCACUGAUGUCAACUAGAUUGUUAUACUUGAUAAAUAAAUUUUUGGGCAAUAGUAUAUCAAGUAAAAGACCCCAAAUGUCUGUAAGUUAAUAAACCCCUUUUAUUUAUGUAUAUAGACAUAGGUUAUAUUGAAAACAAACAUACAGACACUUACAUAGUUUACAUACAUAUAUACACUUGGGACAAGGCUGUUCAUCCUCCUGCACUGGCAUGGGAGAAACGCUUCAACACUUCUCUCUACACAGUAUUUGGUAAGCGAUCCAACAACGACCUGCAGCUUCGAUUCGACGCUCAUGAUCACAGUAUUAAAACGACCGCAGAAACGUUCGGAAAGUUUCAGCUGCUGUGAACGUCCGUGACGCGAGAGCCGACGCGUCCUUCCCACCAAAUUUGUGUGCGACGCGUCACAGGCGUUGCAAAACAAGUUAUAAAACUAAUAAAAUAAAAUCAGACCUCUUGCUACUUGCCACUUUACAGCAUGUAUGAGGCGUGUGAGAGGGGUUAAAUGCAGGAGGGAACACCUGUUCCACCGUGAGGUUACGGGUGUGUUUCCAGGUCUUAAUAUGCACAAUCAUGUGGUUCAUCAGAAUUAAGACAACAUGACUGUGAAUAUCAAAUUAAGCACAAAAAAAAACAAAA